AUGCAAGAGUAUAACCAUCCCAUGUCUAAUUCAGAUGUAAUUAAAUUAGCAAGAUUUUACAUGUUAGAAUUAGGAAAAACUGUUAAAGAAAACGGUCCUGGAAAAGAUUGGUUCUAUGGAUUUAUGGAGUGGUGGUCUCUUGAAAUAAAAAUAAUGAGAAGUGUUAAAUUGGAAAGAGUCAGAAGUAAUUCAUUACCAGUUUGUGUUCUUAAGAGUUGGUUUGACAAAUUAUCUUUAAUCCUCGAUACGUUAAAACUAUUUAAUAAACCUGAUCAUAUAUUCAGUUGUGAUGAAAGUGGAUUUUCAGAUGAUUCUGGAACAAAGUCCGUCGUGGUAAAAUGUGAGACAAAAUUUCCAAAUGCAGUACAUGGCGGAUCCGGAAAGUCGCAAACAACCGUUCUUUUAUGUACAUCAGCCGCGGGCAGAUGUUUACCGCCCUAUAUUCUUUGUAAAGGCAAGGGUUUAUAUAAUACUUGGUUUCCAAAGGAGAAUUACCCAGGUACGAUGUACAAAGCGAAUGAGUCCGGGUGGCUGGAUGAAUCAACAUUUUUUGAUUGGUUUAAGAAACAAUUUAUUAAAGAAACAAAAGGCAUACCACGUCCACUUCUUUUGAUAUUGAACAACCAUUUUUCUCAUAUCUCAUACUGUACAAUGAAACUUGCAUUGGAUAAUCAAAUUCAUAUUUUGGCAUUGCCUCCUCAUACUACAAGCGCUUUACAACCGCUUGAUGUAUACACAUCGAAAAUUGUUAAAACACAAUGGCCGAAAUUAUUACAAGAUUAUUAUUUAAAGACUAAAGUCGAUAAUGUAGAUCGAUCAGUAUUCCCUCUAAUAUUUAAAAAGUUAUAUUCAACAGCCCUACGACCUGCUUAUAUCGCCACCGGGUGA